AUGGCAGAUCGUAAACUCCCCAAGAAUCCAAAAGCGUACAAGGCCAUGGAGAUGAUUGCUAAGGGCAAAACCCAGAGUGAUGUUGCUGACCGUCUCAAUGUUUCUCAAAGCACCGUAAGCUCCUGGAAGAGACAAAUCGAGUGUCCCAGCGGCCGCAACCCAAGUCAGAACAGCUCCCGGUACAUGGAAGUGAAUGACGGAAGGCGCCUAGCUGUCGUUGAGCCUGGACGCAUUGUCAUUCAAGAACAGAUUCGCAGCAGCAAGAUAUUAGAAGUUGGGUCCACACAACGCCGCUACUAG